GGAACUCUCUCUCCAAAGAUAAAUUCGUCAUCCUCUCAACGUCAUCGUCCGGGUUUUGCUGUUUUUCAGAGGUAAGUAGUUUUUAAAGUUAGAUUAGCAAAGCAAAUUAAUUUUGAUUGGUCUCAUAGGCUCAGCGCUUGCCGAACGGUCUUCCUUUUCUUCGCUUUUUUGUUGGCUGCUCGUAAUUAAGAAAAAAACAUUUCCACCUUCAGAGCGGCGUACUUCGGAUUCUUAUUUCUUUGUGUUGCUUCGAGUUUUUUGUGAAGAUGGGAAAGUACAACCAUCAGGUGACUGUCAGUGGACUCCCAUUUGGGAGUCCAUUUACUUUGACAGUUCCUAGAACUAGCAGUGGAAAUCGUGGCGGCGGUGGUGGAAAUCGUGGCGGUGGUGGUGGAAAUCGUGGCAGCGGUGGUGGAAAGCGUUCCGGAAACGCUAAGCAUAAGAAAAAGAAGAAGCAAAGAUAUUGGCGCUGCAAGGAAAAGGGCCACUUCGGAAACGAAUGUAAAUAUUCAGAAGGAGUGGCUGCUGCCAAGAAGGCAGAGUUUUUAAAGAAAAAAGAAGAGAACGCUGCUACUACUGCUGCUACUGCAUCUUCUUCUGUCAAGCCACCAUUUGCAGGGUGGAAACAAGGCUUCGUUAUGCCCACUCCACUCACCAAUACUAAUAAUUUUGACAUGAAUUAGUGUUGUAAUUGUUUCUUCUCGAUUUUCUUAAAUGAGUUUGUUUUUCUUUCGUAAAUCAGUCACUUUAUAAAAUAAGAGAAAUUUGGCGUGGAGCUUCGCCCCACUUAUGCAUUAUUCCAUUUUUUCCAGUCAUUUUAAAAAACAAGAAAAAUUGGCUUAGACCUUUGCCUAUAUUAACAUUUUUGCAUUGUAUCCCGAACCAGGAAAUCUUUCAAAUUUCGCUUUUCUUUCCGGAACGAGGAUGGAAUAACGCGUCGACGGAUAAAAAAACUUGGCCGCCUCAAGCACUAUCAGUUCUGCGAGCUAAAACUAAGUUGCGUUAAACCAAACUAACUUUGAACAUAAGAAGACUGUAAAAGGCCUACUUAUCACGAAGGCCUCUGCUUCUGAGAUUCUAGAUAGAAAAAAAAAAUCAACCGAGCCGAUAUUGUAGAAAUUGUAAAAAGAAAACGAUCCGAGAUGGAAAUAAAUUUGCGAUAGAA